CCAAAUGCUAAUCAAGGAUACAUUAUAUACCCACCUCUCCUGUUUUAUCUCGCAGGUGGUGGAAUGAAUCAGAGGCUGAGUUCAAGACCUUUAUUCAGAGAAGAAGAGAUGAUUCCUCUAGAACUGGAUCAGGCUGAGAGAAGAUGGCAGCGGUGGGGAGCUCUUCUGUGACAUCCGUAGACCUCCCCUUACUUGAACAAGGAGAGAAGAUGGGGGGAACAGAAGACCCUGGAGGUCCCAAACCAGGAAAGGAAUCCAAAAGAACAGGAAGAGACCUUCAGGCAGGGGCAACAAAGGACCUUUUGGGGUGGACAGCCCCCCAGCAGGUGAAACAGGAACCAGGGGAGAUGAUACCCCAAGGCUGGGAUGGAUCCCUUCAGGAGUUCUUGAAGGCCACCCAGUCCCCUCAUCUAGCAUGGGGAAACCCGCAGCUCCUGUUGCCCAUGCCAUGGGAGGAGAAUGGAAAGGGUUUCCCAUUUGAGGGAGCUGCCGAUGCUUGGAUGUGGCCCCGAGGAGAAUGGGCGGCCAGGCCCUUAGUGGGAGAAACUCAACCAGCUUCCCUCAGCAUAGAGGCAGGAAACAGGGGAGACAGCAGGAGGUUAAAAGCAGAGGCCCCAAAGCCCAGCCCCAUCGGUGCAGAGGCCCAGCGCCGGCGCUUCCGACAGUUCUGCUACCUGGAAGCUGAGGGCCCCCGCGAGGUGUGCCUCCAUCUCCGGGCCCUUUGCCGCCAGUGGCUGGAGCCUGACAGACACUCCAAGGAGCAGAUCCUGGAGCUGGUGAUCCUGGAGCAGUUCCUGACCAUCCUGCCAGCGGAGAUCCAAAGCUGUGUCAGAGAACGGGGAGCAGAGACCUGUGCCCAGGCAGUGGCCCUAGCUGAGGAGUUCCUAAAGGGGCAACAGGAGCCCAAGAGGUGGGAGCAGCAGGUGCCAAAGGGUUUUCAGGAAACUCCUGGGAAUGCUGCCAAGGCUGAGCAAGGCCCAUCAGACAACGGACAAUGGCAGCUCUACAGAGAGGCCAAGCAGGACAGCGAUGGAGAGAUCAGCUCCUUGGCGGGCGACGGGUGGGUGAGUGAGAACGAGGAGGAGAAACCUCAGCUGAAAUGCUCUGAGAAAACAGUACCAUCUGAGGCUUUUGGAGAUGCUGCUUUCUUGUGCCAGGAGCAGCUAGAGGCCUUUGAAAAUGAGCACAAAGCAGAGAAUCAACAUGAAGGCCUUUUUGCAGAAGGAAACUGUAAGCCAGUCCCUUGUCAGAGAGGUGGCCGGAAACUCGGGGAAACCACUGCCCAAGAAGGGAUCCAGAGGAAAAAAGUGUGCAUGGAGUGUGGGAAGGGAUUUGCCCGCAGCUCUGAUCUGCUGAAGCAUCGGCGGACUCACACCGGAGAAAAGCCGUACCAGUGCCUCCACUGCGGGAGGAGCUUCAGCGACCGCUCCAAUCUUAUUGCACACCGAAGAAUACAUGCUGACAAGAAGCCAUAUCAGUGCUUAGACUGUGGGAAAUGCUUUUGCCAGAACUCUUACCUGGUCCGCCACCGGAGGACCCACACGGGCGAGAAGCCCUACAAGUGCUCCUAUUGUGGCAAAGGCUUCAGCGACAGCUCAAACUUGGUUGUGCAUAAACGGACUCACACGUCGAGCGACAAGCCUUACAGGUGCCUGGAUUGUGGGAGGAAGUUCAGUGAGCCCUCGCUCCUCAGCCGGCACCAACGGAUGCACGCCAAAGAGAGGCCGUACAAUUGUUCGGACUGCGGGAAGACUUUCCGUCACCGUUCGGAUCUCGUUCGUCACCGGAGGACCCACACAGGCGAGAAACCAUUCAAGUGCUUAGACUGUGGCAAGUGCUUCAGCCAGAGGUCCCACUGCAGUACACAUGAGAGAAGACACACUAGGCAGAAACUCUUCCCACAGUGUUCAGAUAAUGGAAAAAGCUUCAGCACUGCUGACAUUGGACUUCCUGCAAAGGAGGAAGUUGCUGAAACUUCUCAAAGAAUUAUGACUCCAAAGGACAUGAGGAUGGGGCACAUGUGUGUCCUUCUUCACACAGAAUGGGGUUACUUGUAGUCUUGUUUGAUUGUAGAACAGCCUGAUCGCUUGGAGGAAAUUUUUAACUCACCCCAGGCAAGUAGUAGGGACGUCUCCCUCUCUCUGACUGACUGUUUUUCUCUCCCUUCUGACUGAAAAUUAUUUCACAUAGUCUGCUUCUUACUUAUUUUGGGGGUCAGAUUAGUAACUUUUACUCUGUGCCGAAAUAGGGAUUAGAAUUCAGCAUUUUGGGACCCUCCUUUUGUUUUAUUUUAAAGCAUGUUUCUGGCCCUACUUGCUGCCCAUAUCAUUUUGAAAGCAUAUAUGCCUAAACAAUAUCCAGAGAAAUCUCAGAAGCCCAAACAGUGAGUGAAUUUGAAGGGGAUCUUGCAACAUGGACAAGGCAGAGCUGCUCCCACUUUCUCUAAAUGAAAAAUAGCAAUAUGCCAGAUUGGUGGAGUUGUAGAAUGAGGCUACUCUGGGUAGGAUUUGGGAUAGUUUCUUGUUUUGUGCUUUUAAUUCAUUUCUGACUUAUGGCAACCCUAAGGCGAACCUAUCACAGAGUUUUGUGGGGCUGAGUGUGUCUUGACUAAAGUCAGUUAGAAAGUUUCCAUGGCUGAAUGGGGAAUCGAACCUUGAUCUCUAGAGUCCUAGUACUACGCUGAAGCAACUACACCACACUGGGUAUCUCGCAUAGUUUAGCUGCCACAUAGUCAGUGUUUUGACCUUAAGGCAGGGUUGUUGUUGUUGUAUGCCUUCAAAUUGUUUCUGACUUAUGGCAACCCUAAGGCAACCCUAACCUGAGGUUUUCUUGGCAAGAUUUGUUCAGAAGAGGUUUGCCAUUGCCUUCCCCUGAAGCUGAGAGUAUGUGACUUGUCCAAGGUCACCCAGCUGGUUUCGUGGUCAAGGGGGGGGGAAAGGGCUCAAUAAAAGGAGAAAGGUGGAAGGAAGAGGAUGGAAGGAGGCAAGAUGGAAUUGAGAGUGUAACUGAAAUAUAGCUUAUUCAGCCCAACAUGUUUUGGGAAUGAUCUUGGCAGAGGGGACAAGUGAACAAAGAGAUCCUUUAUAUGAAUGGAUCUUUUCCAAUAGAUCCAGACGUUGCUUUUGGGGCAAAGUGUGAAGAAUUUCCCAGCUAGCAUAGCCACAAGCAUGAUAAGCCUGAAUCCUUAUUUACAUUUCAGUCUCCCCACCUAAAAUAUAGCACAGGCGAGCAACUGGAGCGGCCAGUUUCCACCAUAAACCCCCUGUGGCCUUCAUCCCCCCUUCCAUGGCAAGCCCAAAUACCUGUUUUCUCCUGCAGUCCCUUUCAAAAUUGCAACAAGAAGUGGGGGCCCAUCAUUUCUGGUCACCAUUUUGAGAAGGACUGCAAAGGAAAACAAAAGUAUUAAAGGGUUCUAGGGUGCUUGUUGUUUUGGGAUAGUGGCAAAAAAAUGUGUUUUCAUAUGUUUGGAGGUCUUUUAUGAAAUGGGACAAAAUUGCCUCAAAAUUAUGUGUUUUUGUUAAAUGGGAGGGGACUGAUAGGAGACUUCAGGGGCCACCAAAAUGGAAACCAGGGGCCACACUUUGCCUACCCAUGAUAUAGGACUUAGAAAAUGAAUGAUGUUCUUUGGUGUCAUCGGGGACAAAUACUCUGGGCCAAAUAAACUUUAAUUUUAGUGUAGUUUUGUAACUAAGCCCUCAAAAGUCACUAGACAACAAGGAGAUUUAUUGCCAUGAAGAUACUUGGAUUUGCAACAUGCCUACUUAUCUCUGGGAAUAUGGACUACCAGUCCCCUAAAUGUUGUACAGUAAUUGUUGUGUGCCUUCAAGUCAUUUGCAACUUUUGGCAACCCUAAAGCAACACUUAUCAUUGGGUUUCUUUGCAAGUUGGUAUGUGUGUGAGGAUACUCCAGCCCUAUUUUCAAAAGCCAUUUGUCUGGUUAGUAAUAACUCACUAAAACAUGAGUUAGGUGUUCUGUUGUUGGCAUUUUUACAAAGCUUCUGUGCUACAGCGGGUUCUAAUUUGGAUCUGAAUAGCAUCCCUGUCCCCUCCCCUGGGAAAAAGAAGCAUUUAAGGAUGGGCAUUUUUGCAUGGUGUAGUGGUUUGAAUGCUGGACUCUGGAGACCAGGGUUCAAAUCCUGGCUCAGCCAUGUAAACCCAUUAGGUGAGCUUGGGCAAAUCAUACUGGUGGCACAGUGGUUAAAUGC